CGGUUCCUCUCCGUUACUCUCACUUGCACACGUUCCACCCAUGGCCACUCGUCUAGGACGCCGUUUCAUCUCUCAGGUCGCACGUCCGACGGCGCGCGUCGCCCGUACCGUGAAUGCGACUGGCAGACGAUGCAUGAGCACCGCCGAGCACGGCGCGCACCCCACGGGAAGCGACACCCCAUGGAUGAUUGGCUCAGCUCUUGUCUUCGGGCCUGCUCUCAUCUACCUUCUGUACCCCUCGUCUAAAAAGAGCUCACAUACUGCUGCGCAUACCCACGGUGCGCACGACGAGCACCAUGAGAAGCAGGAACCUGAGGCCCCGGCAGAACAGGAAGAAACUCAGGAGGAGGCACCAGCUUCUGAAGAGAAGCAGGAUUCCGUGACCGAUGCAGAUGGUGAGACCGUCUCUGGCGACGAGGUGAAGGAAUCUAUACAACAGGCAGCUAGCAACGACCUCCCUCCUGACGCGCAAGCACAAGAGGAGCAAGACGCCAAGUUCAGUUCUGGCUCGCCAGGUAUAACUUCCGAGGCGGAGAGCAAGCCCGACCAAAAGGAAAAGCCACAGACGCAGUUGCACACCGGCACGCUCCAGAGCGAUGAGGAUUCGGGCCCGACCAACAUCGGCGAUGCCCGCCAGGCCGCCGCGAGCGGUGAGGCCCCGAAGGAGGCCAAGGACAAUUGAUAUGUUGUUGAUAGAUGUUGCCUAGGCAGUCAGCCAGUGCACCGAUGAACUUGCAUCUCAA